AUGGAUUCCAAGCACGACGCGCCAAUCUGGGCGGACCAGUGGGCCUCUGGUGAAGACAGCGGGAGCAGGAGCACCAACGCCAAGGCGGAUAAGAAGACGGUCGCCGGCAACGUGAAGGCGGCGGCGUCGGAGGGGUUCGUCAAGGCCAAGGCGGCGGCGCUGGUCGGAGCGCACAAGGUGAAGACCGGGACGAGCACCGGCAUCAAGUGGGUCAAGGAGCAGUACCAGAAGAAGAGGACAUCCAACAAUGACCCUAUCAUAGGGAAUGAUCAGGCAGGAAAAACUUAUUGGGAGAGGAUUGCUAAUGAUUUCCACAGGAACAGGGACUUUGAGUCCGAUAGGACUCCAAAUUCACUCGAGCAUCGCUUUGGAAUCAUACUAAAGGAGUGCAUGAAAUUCCAAGGCUACUACGAGGAGGUCGAGCGUCGUCAUCCAAGUGGCGUCCCAUAUAAAGAACAUUUGCUGGAAGCCCAUGAAAGGUAUGCUAGAAAAGCAAAGGGCAAAAAAUGUCAAUUCGAAGAAUGCUGGCUCAUGUUGAGGCAUACUCAGAAGUUUGAAUCAACACUUGAAGUCGGCAAGAGGCCGGCCAAGUCUAGAGAGCUCAACCUCUCCAUAGGAACUCAACAAGACUAUGACUCAACUGCCCAAGGCCAAGAGAGCUCUUCAAUUCCUUCUACCAAGACAACCCGACCUUCGGGAGAGGACGAGUACAAGGAUAUGAUGCAAACCUUAGUGGUACUCAAGACCAAGGAAUAUAAGAUGAAGAAAGAAAAGUGGGACAAGGAUAUGAUGCUUGAGCAGCGCAGGAUUGAGGUGGAAGAGCAGCGUCUGCAGUGGGAGCAAGAACAGAAAGUUAUGUUUUAUGAUGUCACCACCAUGGAUGAUGAUCAAAGGGCAUAUGUGAAGGCAAAGAGAGCUCGGAUUGUGAAGGAGAUGAGCGGUAGUGUAAGCGAGACGGCUAGUGGUGAGAGUGGAGUGUAG